AAGAAAUGUCGUGACACUUCUGUCAUUCUGUCAAAAACACAAAAAUUAGAUUUUUCCAAAUGCUCCAAAAACCUAUGAUCUCUGUUUACUAACUGUUGAUAAACUAAUUCGAACUAAAAGAUGCUUAAAUUCAGUGGGAGUGUAAUUUGGAGGUUAGGAAGUCGAGCGACCCUGAGGCAGUACUCCAGUGUCGGAGCCACAGUCGCGAAGACGGACAAGCUGGAAGUUGACGGAAGUUUACCUAAUAAAAAUGCCCAAAGCGCAGGACACGAUAAGGACACCAAGUCAGGUUUAGUAGCAGCAGCAUUUGCGACACUAAAUUCUCCAGAGACAGAUGAACCUAAGCGGCCCAGCCCCAAGUCGGUGAAGCAGAGCCGCACGCAGCAAAUGGACAUGGUGAUUGUUAAGGCUACAGACAUUAAUGGCUUGUUGGCUGUGGCGGAGAACCCGGUUGUAUCAAGGAGGCAUGCUUUGAAGAUGGUAUCAAUCCUAUCAGACUGGUCCACCUCCAACAAAGUGAAGAUCACAGACUUCGAGAAGGACCCUCGCUUCCUGAAACUCUGUCGGAUUCUGGCACGCACCAGCACUACUCAGGCUAUGAGCUCUCUCACCAUGGCCGAAGAUCUGAGCACUGUGCUUGGCAUCACGGGGGAUGAUGAGGCGGCUAGAUUGAUUGCUAAUCUCACGCUGCCGCAGAUGGUUAAGGUGAUGCGAGCUCUUCAUCAAAAAGGCCGCCGCAGCACGCCCCUGCUCCGAGCGCUAUCAUACAACAUAACGCGCCAGGCCGACACCAUAGACCUCAAGAAAUCUGCUGACCUUCUGUUCUCUAUGGCCACACUUAACUUUCCCGAUCCAUUGUUGCUGGAUAGAAUAUGCAAAGACGUAAUUGAAUGCCUACCAGCCAACAAAGACAAGCCAGCAGUGGUCAACUCCAUUAUAGUAUCCCUCGGACUUCUAAAAUACCGCCAUGAGCCAGCCCUCACAGCCAUCACGGAGUGGAUACAAACGCAUAUUCAAGCAUGUCGCGCGGGGGACAUAGCGUCUGCUGUUGUAACAUUAGCUACAGUGGAUUUUGAACCGCCAAAUAGUGAUAAAUUAUUCAAAGCAGCAGAAUCCCUGAAAGAAGAGGAGAUGGCCAAGUCGUCCGCGUGGUUGGAUCUCGUGUUCGCCCUACUCACACUCGACAAGGCGCAGCCGCACCAACUGGUGUCCACGAUUCAACCAGAAUUCAUCGAUAAAUUGCUUUCACUGGGAGAGAUCCUCAUCCCCUCCCGCCGCAAGCUAAUGGCCAUCGACGCGUACCUCCAGCUAACCACCCCCUCCUCCCCGCGCCUCCCCUCCGACAUCUCCGUCGGCGUGCCCCUGGUGUACACUAAGGAGAAGACGCUAUACGUGCACUCCAUCAUGGACACUUUUAGAAGUUUGGUGUCCGCUGAUGCGUUUAUGAAACGGGAGUGUAAUAGCGGCAUGGGAUUUCUGUAUGACGCGGAAUUCGCGAUAGAUUCAAAAUGUCAUCCAGUACCAUUAGAAAAAGCAGCAAAUGACAAAAGCGUAUUCAGGAUAGCAGUGCUGGGCCUGGAUUACCACGACCUCACGAGAAAGUCAGCGGUGCCGCUCGGCAUCUACCAACUAUACACCAGGAUGUUACAACUUAAGGGCUUCAAAGUGCUACAAAUCCCAUACACGGAGUUCAACCCGCGCGACAAACUGGUCACACGAGUGCAAUACAUCGAGAAGCGACUAAAGGAGAUUAUUAGCGAUAAGUCCGCCUCAUAGAGCCGCGAACAAUGUAAAUGUGUACAGAGUUAAGUAUCUGUUUUAUUAGUAGAAGAAUUUAUAUAUGGAUGAAAUGUAUUAUGUUAGGGACCGUCCGUAGUGUCUGCCAACUUGUGCUAAAUCGAUAUUAAAAAUUUGGCAUUGACAUUUCGCACUAAUAAAUAGGGUGAUCUUGUGCUGUCCCUACAUUUCAAGUAUGGUCCCUUGCGCGUUAGGAUCUGCCAUCUUGUGCUCUUAAUCAGAAUGAAAAACUAAACUAAACGUCAUUAAACACGAGACUUCUGUGCUUGAAGUUCACGCAUGAUCCGUACGUCAUAAGUUCAUAGAAGUUUGACGUUUAAAAUAACACUUGCACUGCGUGUGCUAUCAAAAAAAAAAAAAAAAAAAUUCAAAACAUAUUUAUUUCAUAGCUUGGAUGAUACAUAGGUGAAGUACAGUGAUCCCCACACUAGGCUUAGCCUGUGACGUUAAAUCGUUGCAGACUUUUCUUGGUCUAACUCUAGGGAUUUAAUAACAUUUUGCAAAUAUGUUCGCGCUCUAGUGUAUAUUUAGGGAAACAUAUUGAAACUAACUGGGGUUAUUGUUUAUUAAUUUAUUGUUGACUAAAUCAACUUUAAGUAUAUUUUUUCAUUUAAUGUUGUUCUAUUUAUGUACUCGAUAAAUAACAUACAUUUUAGGAUCAAUGUUUGUUCUUUAAAACACACGUACGUAGAGUAUAAAUGUGUCGCUUAGCUUCAAUCUCGGAUAAAUCCAAUCUCCACACUCUUAGGAAAUAUAUAUCUGCCCUUAUUACCUUUUCUACCAAAAUCCCAAAAUUAUCAGUUGGAUUUAUCAGAUUUUGAAGUUGAGCGAGUCAAAUAUGUGGUGCUCACAUCACAUAUGAAGAAAAAUACAGAAAAUCUGUUUUCAAAGUAAUGCAUGUACAGUCAGUUCAAAAUGAUCUUGACGCGACUUUAUUGUUAAGAGAAUAAGAGCGUGUCAAGGUAAUUUUGAACACCUCGCCCGCAUAGCAACUUCUGCUGCUGACUGUACUGUAGGGCACUUAUAUAUAUGGUAACAUCAGUUGAGUUUUUUUUAACUCGGCGCUAAGUUAUCAUUGAACGCUGUGAAUAAUCGUAUGUACAAAUAUCAUCCUUAUUGUAUUAUCAUUAGAAUCCAUGUUGCAUUAGCACUGUAAUGGCCCUCUUAUCGUUUUUCUUGUCAUACUUAUACAUAAUUAAUUAAUUAAUUAAUUACAGACUUAAUAUACCUAAAUUUGUUACAGUACUCGUAAUGUUCAAUUUGGCGAUCAGAGGGUGAUCCAUUCACAUAGUUUUACAUAUUUGUUGACUAGUAAAAUUUGACUACGUAAGAGUAUGAAUGUAAAGCCCUCGGGGUCAGAAUCGGAAUUCAGUUUUAAGUUUUAAAC